UCUUGUGUUUAAUGGAGGCUUUGGCAGUUAAACGCAGACGGGUUUACUCUGUGGAACCAAACAGAAUAGCCGAAGCCGCGUUUGCGAGGAAGUACGUGAGCUAUCUUCUUCCAGCCUUGACGAAGAUGAAGGAAAGCACUGAGAGUGAUACAGUAAAAAAGGCUGUGAAGUACGAAGUGGACAUGGCUCUGGUUUUGUCAGCUCAGGGUUCUGCAUGGAGCCACGCCCUAAAACUCAGUCUCCAGCAACAAAACGUCGUCCUCAAUAAUGGAGUACUGUCUUCUUCUUCUUCUUCCUCAUCAGCAUCAACCACAACCAAGAAAGCCGCCAUGGUGAAGGAGUGUGAUCAGAAUCUGAGGACGGCAGCGGCUGCAGACCACGACGGAGAAGAUGGUGGCGGCGGUGAGGAGAAGGAGGCGAUGAGGAGGCUAAGAAGAUUGGUCCCAGGAGGAGAAGAGAUAUGCAAUGACCAAGAAAUGCUUGCAGAGUUGAAGAGUUAUGUCAGGUGUCUGCAAAUGCAGGUCAAUAUUCUGCAGUGUCUGGCCCAGUCUCAUUCAUUUUAAUUUCUUCUUUCUGCUUCUGCUAUAGUAGUUAUUAUUUCACAGAACCAUAUUUUUUACUUUAUCAGGUUAAUUAUAUUACGUUAUAUUUUGUUCACAACGCCAAAAAUUUAUAUAGCUUUGUUUAAUUUCCCCCUCUAAACUAUGACUCUAGUUUUUUUCAUUGAAUCAAAGCUAAGUGUAACGAAGGAUCUUUCUUUAAAUUUGUCGCAGAGAUCCAUUGAUAUGAA